AUGACCGGCACAACCGUGGCUACAAUGGACCCCCAACAUGGUUCCGGCCUGGUUCAAAUUCCACUAGAGGUCCUCACCCGCAUCACCCACUUCAUCUCAACCACCGACCUUGGAAAUGUGCGAUUAAGCUGCAAGGCCCUGGAGCAAGGCCUCUUCCACUUCUUCUCGCACGAGUUCUUCCGCAAGAAGCAGUUCAUGGUUCUCAGCGACAGCCUGCAGGCCCUGAUUGAUAUCUCCAAACAUCCAAAUUUGUCCCCCUUCCUCAAGCAUGUCAUCAUCGGCACCGACCGCCCAAGCCAGCGCUAUCACUUCCCGAACAGGAAAGAGGAGGCGAGCGCCCGCCUUGCAACCGCCAAUGCAGACCACAUGCAGCUGUUGGCCGCAGGGGGGCUCCGAGACAUGCUCGCCGAGGCAUUUGCUAACCUCACCAACUUGGAGACGGUCGACAUCCGCGACUUUAACUCCCCAAGCCGCAGCCGCGAUGGACGGGGGACUGAGUGGAGGAGCUGGGGCGCCAACACGCUGGCUGCGUCGACCAAUACCAGCAUCUUCACCGGCAUUGUUAAUAGCGAAGACCCCUAUCUUAGUCAGAUUUUCAGCGCUGUUACCGCCGCCCUGGCCGCUGCACAAGCCCGGCCAAAGAGCCUCGAGAUUCUUGCCAGAUCAAGAUCAGGUUACGGUGGGAUCGCGCUGCGCGACUCUGCCUUCUAUAUUCCGCCGCGCAUGGAGGCCGCGGUAUCGCCGAUGCUCGCCAGUUUGCAGUCGCUCCAUCUCACUUUGAGCCUGACACACAGCCUGGGGAUGAAACCCUUCAUGUUCCAGAAGUUCCUGUCACUCACGAUCAGCCUGACUUGGCUGCGUGUGAACUUCAAGAACACGGCCCCGCACGACCAGGAAGAAGUGCUCUCUUGGUUGGCCCUCAAGGACACCCAGAAGCCCAACGCCCCAUUCGACAUGGCCCCUAUCCAGCUUCCACGCCUCGAGCGCCUCGACCUAGGGGAUACCGAGCUCAAAGCGGAGAAUAUACUCAAUCUAGUCGUCAAGUUGGCGCCCACCUUGACAUCGCUCUACCUCCGCAGGGUGUGCUUGUUCGACGAAAGUAAUGACCACACGGCGGACAAGAUCAACCCUUGGGACCGCUGCCUGUCUGUGUUAUCCAGGACGCGUGGACUGAAUCUGCGAGUCCUGGACUUGAGCCAAAUCGCGCACCAGAGCGGCGGGUUCAGAGGCAGCGUGCCGUUCAAGCCGACAGAAGACUCGGCGACCAUUCGGGACUGGACUUGUUCCACCAACCUGGUCACUUUGGACAAGGCCAUCGCGCAAGCGGUUGCAGCCAUGGUCCCCGAUUGGCCACCGGAACCGGAUCGAAUGGACGAGGAUGGUUCGGACGAUGAUGACGAAGAUGACGAAGACGACGAUGAAGAGGAAAGCGAUGGGGAGGGAGAAAGCGGCGAUGGUGAAGACAAUUAA